AUGAUCGAUCACUACACGGCCGGAGCUGGAACAGUUCCGCUCAACUUCCGGCCGUGUAGAUUGGAAGCCGCGAUACCGAAGAUCUGGAAAUGCGAUCGAUCCGGAGCAGACAGACUCCGGGAGACACAGUCAGACACCGAGCCCUCGAGAGAUAAAAGUUUGACAGACGGGCCCAGAGGGAAGACACGCUCUAAGUUAUUAGUUUCCCAAGACUGCUCUUGCGCAUCCUCAGCGGCGCACCUGAGUCCAGGCACCCGUGUAAUUGGAACUGCGCGCCUCCAGGAUAUCCAGGCUCGUUCCCGAGGGAUGCUCCCUGCCCUGUGUGCUGGAUUUUCCCCUUCCUUCGUCUACCGGUCUCGGAAAGCAAAGGUCGACAAUGUUAUUGAAGGGGAGCCAUUACCGUUUGAGGGGAGAUGUCACACCCCCCAUCCAGGACCCUUGGCAAGUCUCAUCACGUGACUCCAUUGGCCCAACGGUGACGUGGACAAAUGCCACUUAUGACGUCACUAGCAUCCCCUUCGUUCUGGAAUCUCGCUUCAUCGUAUUGGAAACAUCUAUACUUCCGGUUCUAAUAUUUUAUUUUCUUGUUGUUAAUAAAUAAAUGCUGUUAAUAAAUA